CUACGGCUGUCGAGCAGGACUCUUGGAUGCGACGCGCAUUGAGACUGACACACAUCAGACAGACACAAGCCGAGGGCCAUGGAUGGCCGUGUGUGUCUGUCUCGCGUUGGUGUUCAUGGAUCUCACCGUCAGGGAUGGCCCGCUUUGGCCAGAUCCAGCCGCCGAAUUGAUGCUGCACGAGACCCGUCACGUCUUGUGACCCUCGUCUCUCAGGCGGGAAACAGGCAGCAGGAGGGUAGAUCACAUAGAGGUGCAGCAGCCUGCUGCGUGUCCGCAAGGCGCCGCCCACAAAGAUGCAAUUUUUUCCAAGAGAGACCGAUCGUGAGAGCAGCUCGCAAGCUCGCAU